AUGAAUACAGAAACAUUAAAUCUGUGGCUGAGUCGGAUUGUGGAAGAGGUUUGCAACGCGAAGGGGGAAAGAUAUCCAGCACGAAGGUUGUAUGUUAUAAUUUGCAGUUUGAAGCGAUAUUUGAGCGAUAAAAGUGGAUUGGAUCCACUGUUUAAAGACGAUAAAAGGUGCAUGAGUAGGCAGCAUUUUAAAAUGGUUGACAUGACAAAACUAAUAAAUUGGUGUGGCUGGUUUUAAUCGAUCUUUCUUCUAAAAUCUCUGUUUUGUAUUUUAAGGUUCACGUUAUUUCGCAAAGUUUUUGACGGCGAAGUGAGAGAUGCUGCAAAGAAGGGAGUUGAAGUGAAAUGUAGAAAGGAUCUUCGCGGUGAAAUUAGUGUCGAAGAAGACGGACUCUAUUGGACAAAGGGACUGUUGUGGUGUGAUUCAGCUGAGUGUCUGUUAAAUACGAUUUAUUUUUAUAAUGGAAAGCUUUUCGGUCUAAGAUCAAGCGAGCAUAGGCUCAUCAGAGUUUCAAAUAUUGCAGUAAAAGAUAACUUUAUAAUUUUUGACGAAAGUGUGUCAAAGACGUUUCAUGGAGGGCUAAAGGAUUUAAAAAAGAGUAAAAGGCUUAUUGAGCAUAAAUGCCAGGAAAUAGGCGAGGAGCAUAGUCGUUGUUUAGUGAAGUUUUAUAGUUUGUGUUUGGAAAAAAUAGCUAUGUGCAUUGAGGCGAAUCCUAAUGCUUUUCAUUUCAAGCCGCACCGAAGCGGUUGUUUUGCGUACGAAAAGAGUGCUAUCGGUAUAAAUACACUUGCUAAAAUAUUACCGGAUAAGUUAUGUUCGAAGGCAGGUAUUGAGAGAAAAACUUCACACUGCUUGCGUAUAACAUGUGCUACUCGUCUGUUUCAACGUACUGUAGAAGAAAAACAAAUCAGGGAACAAACUGGUCACAGAUCAGAUUCUCUGUUUCGGUACGAAAAGCCAAGCGAUGAACAAGUUAGUUUUGUAAGUAAUGUGCUUGCACCUCCAAUGAAGGAAACAGGUAGUAGUGUAAGUGAUUGGUCUACAUUUGAUGAGGUUUGGGAUUUUGAUGUUUCCGAUGAAACGUUAGCAAUGCUUGACAUUACAGAUUUUAGUGUGCAUUCCGAUACAAAUGACGCGAAAAACACGGAUUCUUCACCGAGUACAACGAAUUAUACAAUAGCACCAGUGUUUAAUAACUGCGUGUUUAAUUCUUGCGAUUACUUUUGCACGGGAAAAUAA